ACAGACAUGCUAAUUGUUGGAGACGACCAAAUUGGAGUAAGGCGUCACUCUCAUUGACUGAGACGGUCACCACCCUUGUUCUCGAUUAACGAACUGCUCUGAGCUGCUGCUCUCCUCUACGAUCGACUCGUCGAGCUCGCUGUCAUGAACGGCGUCCGCAGGUUUCUCGGCGCCGCCGCUAGCCUUGGCCAGCAACAACAGCAGCAGGAAUUAUCACACCCCUCUCCACCUCUCAGCAUCGUCAAAAAUUCCAAUCCUUCCUCAUCUCAGCCUCCGUCUUCACCCGUCAACACAACCUCAGCGUUGCUCAUUAGGAAACAUUCAGCCAAACCGUCCACCGAUACGUCUUCAGAAUCCCGUUCAUCACUUUCCUUGUCCCCAGUCAGUACCAGGUCUCCCUUACCGCCUCUCCCCUUGCAACUGCACCAAGAAUCUUCGCCCGUAGCAGGGCCUUCAACAUCUCCAAUACAGAGACCUGCGAUUCCGCGAGUCCAAACAGCUCGGAAACCUGUUCUUGACCAAGACUCGAAAGCUCCAAAAUACACCACGGGUGUUCUCAACAUUCGCGACGAACUGAUAUUCAGUUUGCUUGCUAGCGAGGCAGUAGUUGCCAGCACAGACUUUCAAAUACUUAGCGCAGAGGAAGUAGAAGAUCUCAAGAAGGAACAACAUAUCCUCAGCACCCGCCUCAAUGCUCUCAAUAAGAAACUCACCCUCGAAACCAGAAUUAGAGAUGCCGCCGUCAGUUUAUCAAAAGUUAAUCAAUCCACCAACAAGAAGAUUGCCCAGAAAUCAGUCGAACAACUUGAAGCUGCCAACAAGCGCGUUGAUUCUGCACAGAAGGAAUUUUGGCAACUGUCUGAGAGGGCAAACGAAGUUCACCGAAAGCUGGUCGAGCAUCGAGCGGGCGUUUUGAGCUGGUCGGUGAAGAACAUGGAGAGGAAAGUGAACCCGAUGGCGAAUGGCAAAGGCAAGGCAUCCCUGAACGGUGUCAACAACGGUGAUUCUGGCUACGAUUCACCAUUAAGUCCCACUUCCUCCAUUUCCUCCGCUAAUGGCAAUGGCGCUAUCCCUCUAGACGGAUUUCCCUUUUUCGCUGGACAUGCCAACACAACAGUUCCUUCGAAACGCUCACUCAAAGACCAUGCGUCAUUGACCGCUGAAGUUUGCUACCUUGAGGCGAACCUCAAAGCUGCCACCGCGUCUCUGGCCGAAGCGACGAAGAAGCAAGGCGAGAUGGCAAGGGAGCUCAACAUGUUACGUUUGGAAAAGGAGGAAGUAGAAACCAUGUUGAGUAUAGACCUUCAAAAUGCACAAGAGACUAUUGCUGCAUUGGAGAAAGAGCUUCCUGCAUUGGAGGGCCUAGAAGCCCAGUUCAAUGCCUUGAGAGAUGAGAAGGUUACAUGGGAAGCGGAACGGAGUGAGUGGGAGAAGGAGAAGGAGAGAAGAGGGGAGGAAAGUGAGAAGGUAGAGCGCGCUGUAUCCCAAGAGAAGGAGGAGGAAAUAAAUCACCUCAAGGCAGAGAAUCGAAGACUCGAGGACGAUAUCAGUCGAUUACGAUACGACAACGAGAACCUACUCCGGAAAGCUGGGGAGGAAAUUGAUGAAGGUAUUGACGCCAUUCAGGACAUGGUACAGAAACACUCCAUACCAACAAUGUUCACAAGAAGAGAAUCCUCAACUUCUUAUGCCCUUCUUCUGGCCAUGGUGGACGCAGUCGACAAGCAUCUCACUGACUUGAAAUCCAGACUGGAGGAUCAAGCGCAAUCCGACGUCUCAUGGCAAAUUUUGCGACGUAAACUGGAGGAAGACGUACGGUUAGGACUCGACAAAAGAGAGGCUUUAAGUAGGGAACUGGAAGAAGCUCGGAGAGAACGCGAAGAAGCUAGAAGGGAAAACAGAGAGCUUGAAACGAAGUUGAGGGAUCAGCAAGAGAACUCAAUGUCGAUGUCGAUCGCCUCUUCUGGCGGUGCCAGUCCGCCCUCAUUACCUUCCUUAAUUUUCCCAUCUGCAUCUGAACUAGCCAAUGAUUCAGCCGCGAGGAAGAUUAUCGCAAUCUUGCAACCCAUAUGGGCGAUUCUUCCGUCACCAGAAGCUCGGGCGGCACAAUCCAAUGCCCAGCGUUCUUUCCGUGCCGGAGGUUCACCUGGUUCACCUUCAUCGCCAGGGAGCCCCGGCUUCAUCUCUCGCGAGCUUUCGUCGACACCACCCAAGUCAAUUGCCGAGUUGGAUGUUCGAUCUCUCAAAAUUCUCUACGACAGUCGCACUCUGGCGCAACAGCAGCAAGUCCAACAGCCCUUCUCUUUAGAAGGACUUGUGGCGAGGGUUCAAGCGUUGGUCGCUGACGACCGAGCGCUCAUCGCCCGGUUGUUGCGAUUUGCACAUGCACAUGACAUGCUCAAGAAGAAUGCUGAGAGAGCUCAGAAGCUGGCGCAGGAGAGCAACGUGGCCCUUGAGACUUACCAAAAACAAGUGCGUGUAUUAGAAGACAUGGUUGGGAAAGGCACUGUUGCGCAAGAUGAGUUGCACAACCUCUACGAAAGCAUAGAGCGCAUUUCUGCCGAAAAAGCCGAGAUCGAGACGGAAGCCGCCAAGCAAACAGAGAUUUGCAAACAACUAACGGAAGCCAAUGAUACAUUGAGUGCACGCGCUCUCGCGUUGGCAGAUGAGGCUGCCGCUGCUCCGGAGAAAGCUAGACAGCAAUUGGAGGUGCAGCUGAACGAGUUGAAGAAGGCUUUGGACGCGUCGAGGGAUGAAGUGGAAGCAUUAAGGAGAUCUGAGCAGAAUCAGGGUAUGAUGCUGAUGGAUGAGUUGAAUGCUGCACAGACGGAGAAUGAUCGAUUGAGAGAGCAGCUGAGAGCAUUGAAGCGGUGAAAUACCGGCUACCAGUGGACCAUGUUAUUCCCUAUUUCCUGUCAUUUUAUUAGCAUUCAUUUCACACAUUGAUUAUUAUGUUAUCACAACCAGCAAAUCUCCAACACUGCUCACUGUUCUUCAAC